AUGAGCAAGCCUACGGCGCCCAAACCCACUGCUCCAGCCGGGGGUUCUGCUUGGCGCUAUUAUGCCUCCACGGAGGUGUUGGGCGCGGAAGGGGCGGCUGGUCUUGUUGGCAUCUUUGCGCCCAGCUCGAAGCCAGGGGAGGUCAUUGACCCGGAGCUUUUGGAGGCAGAAUCCAAAGAGGCCAAGGCUCGGAAAUUUGGAGGCGGCGGACUAUCAUGGGAUGUUCCAGGGGUUCCUCCUCCAGACUUUUUCAUCGAAUCUGAUGAGCCUGGGACGCUCUGUCGUGCGCAACUCUCAGUGUUCAGCAAGGGCAUCAAGGAAUCCGCCUUCUCACGCGUUCAGCGCUGCCUCCCAUGGCCCCGGUGGGCGCGCUUGAAAGCGGCUGAAGCCAGCUGUAAGGGAUGA